AUGGGGUACUAUUCAACUCACAUAAUAAAGGUUUCAGGUGAUUAUGUUAACAAAUUUGUUGGCGAAGCUAAAAAUGAACUUGACAAGACUACCGCAACUAUCAUUCAUCUGGCGAAUGUUGGGCCGACCAUAAGGUCAGAUGCCAUCUCCGAAAUGGAUGCCGCUAUUGAUGCAUUAGCAUUAAAUUUGAGCAAGUUGUACAAUGGAAGGGCAUCUAGAGGAAUGAUAGACCAUCUUAUGGUGCAAGUUGGAAAUAAGGGUGUGAAAAAGGAGUUGCAUACAAUGGCUAGUGUUUCUGUUUUAGACCCCAAAACCCUCACAGUAACUCCACAUGAUACAAUCGGCCCUAACAGGGACUUGAAAAGCCUAAACAGAGCGAUCAUUUCAUCACCUUUGCAUUUCACUACAAGGUUUGAAGGCACACACUUGAUUGUCACUUCCGCUGUUUGCAAAGAGGUAAGUAAGUUUUCCAAGGAUGCCAAGGAACAAAUUGGAAGUGCUCGAAAAAAGGCUUUGGACUCUAUAAAUGAAGCGCUGUCUGAAUUAUCAAGAGUGAAGCAUGAAGCCAAUGCCGUUUCAGCUUUUUCAAUAGAGGAUGCAAGACGUUUGAAAGAAGAAAUUGAAGACUUGACACAGAAGUUCACCAAAUCUGUUGAAGAUAUAUGCAAAGUGAAGAACGAGGAAAGCCAGGGACGCUCUCUCCUAAUUGCUCCAGUUGGGUUUAUGGGCUCCUUGCCAUAG